AAAAAGUAGUUCGCAGCAAAGUUACUUUGUAAACGUUAAUUUAGUUAUUAAUACAUUUUGAAAUCAUUUCUGAAACGAAAUUUUAAUGAUUUGAGAAUAGUUAAUUUCAUUACAUUGUAGUACGAUUAACGCAAACGUACUUUAUAAAUCAGUUACGUCAAUUAUCAGCUGUUGCGGUAAAAUUAAUCCGCGUUGAAUGCUUGCAUCUCAGAGUACUUCUCGUUUUCGAUAGAUAAAGCAAGAGUUUCGAUUACAUGUGAUUUUUGUACUGAAAUUAAAGUGGUUACACAAUUGUAUCGGUAUUAUUGUAUGAAAUAUUGUGGUAUUCUUCGUAUAUGUUCGAGUGUUUGAUAUAAAAUAGUCAAAAUUCCGGUCCCAACCAAAAAACGAGAAGGCGCCUGUCCGGGCCGAAACGAAGAUAAAAUGCGACACAGUAAUAAGAGUCGUCCAAAAAGUGUGAGGAGCAACCAGCGACCCAGACCUGCGGAAAGAGUAGUUACCGCUGAAGGAGUUUACGCUAAUAAUUUUUUUAUGCAUGCAGCUACAUCCCACGUUGGAACUGUAGUUAAAUUGGAAACCACUCAAGGUGUAACUUACGAAGGAAUAUUUAAAACGUUUUCUCAAGAAUUCGAUGUUGUUUUGGAAUUGGCGCAUAAAGUUGACAAUAAUGAUCCGCAGAAAUUUGAUGCUCAUGAAGUAGUUGAUAAUUUAAUUUUUCAAGCAAAAGAUAUCGUCUACAUGAGUAUUGAAAAUAUUGAUGUAAACUAUGCUGUUAAAGACUCAUUCAUUGACUCUGGUAUUAGUAAAUUUAAUGGCGAAGUAAGCGGAGAGAAAAAAUUGGAACCAUGGGAAGGAGCGUUGGGUAAUGGAGAAGAAUGUGAUUUAGAGAGCACAUCUGAAAGCAAUCAAAAUGGUUGGGAUGUAAACGAUAUGUUUGAAAGAAACGAAGAAUUGGGAGUAGGAUCAACAUACGACGACAGUUUAGCAGAUUACACCGUACAGAUUAUCAAAAAUAACACCAAAGAUUUCAAAGAAGAAGAAGCCAAAGCGGCUAGAAUAGCGAUGGAAAUUGAACGAAAUCCAUCGUCGCAAGCUCGCGCUUCGCUUGAAAACGGAGAAAAUGAAGAAGAAUUGUACGCAUCGGUUGUACGACCGAGUGGCGAAAUCGACGGAAAAUAUGUUCCUCCGGCUAAACGUAAAAACUCUCAGCACCAUAGAAGUGGUGGCAGUAGCAGUGCCGGCAGUUCACGAGGAAGUUAUUCGUCAAAUGAUACCAUACGGUCUGCAGGUAACCAAAGAUCCUACAAUGUACCUGAAAGCCCAAGUCGAACACAAAUGAACAAUUCUUCGGCAAUAUCGAGAUAUCAUCAUCAAGCACCGCAGCAGUACCACCAGCAACCGCCGGCACACGGUGCGCAUUCGCAACCUAUGCGUGAAAGCAGUAAUCGCUCGUCCCCGGAAAAUAAGAAUGCUGCGAUGUGCGCUUCGGCUGUCGUGACGCAACCGCAAAACAUUCCUCCGUAUCCGGCCGGUGGUCUACAUCAACAACGUGCAUUUCCUCAAAACGUUGUACCGGUUACUAAUCACUCGCAGAACGUACCGCCGAUGCAACAGCAACAGCAGCAAAAAUCGCAACGUACUUCACCAAUAUCUGUGCAGGCAAUACCGAAUGGUAAUGCCGACUAUCAAGCUAAACAAAUGCCUCCUGUUUCGCAACAACCACCGCAUCAGUAUCAUAAUCAAGGUCAACAAGUGCCUGGCGGUGCCAAUGUGGCAAAUACUCAGCGGAAACAUCAUCACCAUCAACAUCAUUCAAAUUCUAGAGGUCGAGAAGACCAAAUCAGCGAGUUGAAAAAGUUUGGUGCCGAUUUCACUUUAUCGUCGUCGUAUGACGGUAAGAAUAAAGAAGCGCCUGAAGCGCCGAAACAAAUUCAAGUGGUAAACAAUCGUAAUAAAUCGCCGCCAACAAUGCAGCAACAGCCACCGCCGCCGGUUUCGGAGCGGAACGUGGUUACUGUGUCACUGGUACCGACGCUGCCGCAGUCUAAGCAUACAACGACGGCCCCGCAAACGCCGCAGCAUGGCAUGGUAAUGCCGUCGACAGCUACGCAAACGGCAGGUGUUGUGGCUAGCCACGCUCAAGCGAUCGCCGUACCUCAACCGGGUACCGGACCCGCUUUACCACCGACGCAACCGGCACCCACGACCCAAGUCGGUAUGAAACCGCCGCCGCCUCAUGCGCAGCAUGUUGUAGCCGGCGCGCAUUACGCUGGCCAGCAUCCGGCAGCGGGCGCUCCACCUCCGCCUAAUCACCAACACGUGCACAUGCAGCCGCGAGAAGCUCAGGUAUUGAUACCGCAGCAUUUACAACAGUCGCAGAUGGCUGCGGUUUCGCAACCGCAUCCGGCGUCGCUACCUCAGCAACCGAUAUUACCUCAUAAGCAACCAAAGCAAUCGCAUCAGGUGCCUAUGCAUCAAUCAACUGCGGCAGCCGUAGUGCAAAUGCAACAGCAGCCGCCUGUUAUGCCGCCGCAGGCUCCGGUACCAGCGCCUAAUGUACCGAUUGCCCAACACCAGGCGCAAAAUCAGCAAAAAACUGUGAUAAGUUCUCAAACGUCUAAUGUACAGAGUGUUCAUGCGCAAAACGUGCUACAACCUGGUCAACACCAAUCGCCCAAUAGUCAGGGUGUAGCUUCGUCGCAGCCAAACCCUAAUACACAAUGUGUUCAAAGAUCGCCGCCUCAGUCGCAGAAUAUUAAAUCUGGCGCGACGCAGACUUCAAUGUCGCCUUCGCCGUCUAUUUCGGAACGCGGUUCGCCCGACGCUGAAAGUAAUGUCAAGAAUUCCGUCAAAGAUGACGACGAAAUCGAUGAUGUUACGUCCACGUUGAAAAAAUCCACGCUUAAUCCAAACGCUAAAGAAUUCGUAUAUAAUCCGGCUCCGAAAUCGUUCACUCCUGUUAGCAGAUCUCCGAGUACACCAACUCAAUCGAGGCCUCACACCCCGCAAACUCCUAGCUAUAAUGUGCAUUCUGUGAAUACAGCUACGGGCAUACAAAUGGUCGUUCCUGGUACAUACGUUGUAGCUGCUGCGCAACCAACAGCGUAUGUACCAGCUGCUCCACCGCAAUCGAGUAGACUUCGUAAAGUCACCGUGGGAACUCAUCGAACUGAAUAUCACCCAUCGAACAUGCAAGUUGCUGCGGCCACUGGCCAACCUCUAUUAGCUCCUUCGGUAACAUUAACGCAGUCUCCUCUAGCGCCCGGUACACAAUUCGCUGUGCAAGGAUAUUCGCCUCAUCCACAUUUAGCGGCUGCGGCAGCCGCGGCAGCUGCUGCUCAGCCUUAUCAGCACGUUCAGAUGGUUCGUAUGGUUCCUCAACAAGGAGGUGGUGUGGUACCAUUGGUACCCUCGUCGAUCAGCUAUCACGAUACGACCGGUUCCGCAGCGACGACUAUGUACAUGAAUCACAGUAGUGGUGCGGUCGCUAUGGCACCGCAUACGCAGCACGUUCAUCAUCCGCAACAGCAUCCGCCGCCCAGCUCGGCACCUUCGCCGUCGCAAACGCCUCAAGGUCCGUCGCAGUCACAUACUCCUAAUAGUUAUCAACAGCCUCCUAUGGCCACACAAAGUGCGCCCCCGUUUCCUCCUGUCAUGUGUCCGAUAAUACCGGCGCCGCCACCACAUGGUCCACCUCAUCAUAUGGUCGCUGCUCCGGCUCAACAACAUGCUAUGCAGCAAUAUUUGCAACAUCCUCAAAGUUACCAGAGGAGAUGAAUAUGAGUGGGACAGCAACCCCAUGUACAAGUUUCAUUGAUUCCAUUCAGUUGCUCCUGAAAUUAAUUGCAGAAAAAAUGAAAAUUUAUUAUUAUAUUACGGAUAAAAACGAAAAAAGAAAAAAAAACAUCAGAAGAUCAUUAAUGACCUAUUGUUUCCCACCAUUGUGUAAGGUAAAAAUUGCAACCCACUGCGAAAUGAUUUUUAUAUGUAUCAGCAAUGCAUCAUAGUUUAUUUACAAAUCGUUGAAUGGUAUUUUUUUUUAUUAUUAUGCUACUUUAUUGUUAUACCGUAUUUUUUUUAUAUCUUAUUUUUCCCCCCUUGUUUAUAAUUUAUACCUUUUUUUUCUGACACAAACGUUAAAUGAAUAUUUAUUAAUCUCAAAAAUAGUUAUGAGAAAAAUAUCACUUUGAAAAGAAAAAAAUAUCACGAAAAAUCGUUAUGUUGAAUCGACCUGAAAAUUUUUGUUUAAUUGUUUUGUUCCUUUCUUAAAUGUUGAAUUUAAAAAAAACCUGCCUUUUUUUUUCUCGUGAUUGAAAAAGUUGAACUGUAACUUUAGACGAGAGGAAAAAUAAGAUUCGAACUGAUUUUUGUACUAGCAAUUUUGAUUUUUUUUCGCAGUUAUGUAGUUGUUGCGAUCGUGAUUACGAUAACAACGACCCAAUUGUGAAUUUAUAUACGGUUUAGUGGUGUUAAAUUUUUCCUUCUUUUUUGCCGUAUGUCUACGGAUGUUUUCUUCUUGUUUUGUUUUUAUUUCCAAUUUUUUGCCCAUUUUGUUUUUGUUUUUAAUUUUGUCCAUACAGUAACGUAUGAAUUACGUUGUAUGUAUGUUUGUGUAUGUUGUACGUUUUGCGUAUUGAAACGAAUCAUUUUAACGUAACGUGACGAGACCCAUCGAAAAGCCGGGUCAAAUAGGCAAUGAGAUUUUGUGAAAUUAUGAAAUUGAAACGCGUAAGAUGUAAGAACAAAUAUGCUGAUCAAUAUCCGGAGAAAUCAUUGAUAUUGCGAUGAAAUCAACGAAUGGUUGUACGAGUAUGAAUCUUUUUUUUUCAUUUAAUUUUCGAAUACCUGGCGCGUGUAUCAUGUAUUCGUCGUAUGCAUAUGUACGUAUUUUUCGGUAUGUUUGCAUCGCGCUGACAAGCAAUACCACUGGUGUGAUAUGUUUUAUAUCAUUACUAUGGUUUUUAUUGAACUUUUUUUGUACGUCAUCGAAUGUUAAAGAAACAGUUUAGCAGAACUGAGGCGAACUAUAUCGCGGUCAAGUAGUUUAGUUUAUAAGUUAUUUUAAUUUCAAACUUUGAGUUGAAGUAUACGAUAUAGCGAGGGAAUUUUUGAACAUCGCACUUUGGAGUGAAGAAAGAGACGAUCCGUUCAAUUCUAGUUUUCUAGUUUUCUAGUUUUUGAUUGUAUUUAAAAAAAAAUAAAUAAAUUGAAAUGAAUGGAUAAAUUGAAAUUUUUUUUGAAAAAGUAGUCUUUGAAAGUAGAAAUGACUGAAACAAAAUUCACAACUAUUAGAGUGCAUCGUUUUCACUGGCAAUGUAUCAAUUUUGUAUCACUAAAUCAUAUAACUCAUCUGACAUUGAGUAAACAAAAACAUUUGAAAACUAUAACUUUGGUUACUGAGCAGUGAGCAUUCAUUAUACUGCUAGAAGUAUACUCGAUGAGAAGUUGAAAUUUGGGGAACAAAUCUGCGAAAUGAACGAAAUAAUUCGCUAUUCAAAAUAUUCCUAUUUCGAGCCUUAAUUUACAAUUUUGAAUUUUUCUUUCUCUCAAAUACCAGUUUGCGAUGUUUGAUCUGUAACCAGGUCCACGUUAUUCUCUGCAGACGUUGGUUCCUUUGUAUCUUAUACUUGAAUUCGAAUUGAUUUAGUUUAAUCGUUUUAAGAUUACUUUUUUUUUUAUUAAAGAUUUACAUUUUUUUUUUUUUUUUUUUAGAAAUGAGAAAUUCUUGUAACUUGUCUGUUUUAAAUCGAUAAAAUUCCUCUAAACUAAAUUGAUUAAAAGAAAUCGAAAAAGUGUACCUAACUGGUAGCUUUUUAAAAUUGUGAUUGUGUUUUGUGUUAAUAUUUCUUCAUGUUGAAAUUUUUAUGCAAUUGUUGAUUGUUCAAAAACAAAACCUGUUCAAAUAGUUCAUCCUUUUGUAUUCGAUAAUGCGUGGAAAAUUCUCUCGUUACCAUUUAGGUGGAUUUUUUUCGAAGUAUGUUGAAAUUCGAAAAUGUUAACGAUACUGGGACUAAAGUAAAAAUUUUUUCUUUCUACGCGGUUCUUUUUUUUACGAUUUUUAACAUAACACUAUAUUUUGAACAGGUUUUAAUGUACUCCGAAAUAUUCAACUGUUUUUUUUUCUAGUUUAAAUUUUUUGACACGUGAUUAUAUCUAAAUUUUGAAAUAGUACGUUUAAUUUUUCGCCGAUGUACUGUUACUUGUUUUUUUCUUCUCGUUCUAAGUUCUAUAAUUCGCUCUGAAUUUCAAGAAUUGAUUAAUCAGUUAUUUUUUUCACUGCCGCAUAUCUCAGAGGAAUUAUAGGAUGAUGGAGACAUCCGCGAAUAAUUAUAUGACUGAAAUGAACAUUAUAGUUAGUCCUGACGUAUCGUAAAGAAAUAAAAGCUUAAGAACCUG